UGGUUGUCGAGAUUGUCUUUACUAAAGAGCCAUCGUCGCGUUGCCCUGAUAUAACGAGAGUUAGUAUUGACGCUAAUUUAAAUGAUGCACAUUAAUAUCUAUCGAUUUGUGUUAUUUUUAUUAUUGUACAUCUUUCAAUGCUGCCGAAGUCUUCCCACCGAUUUUCAAAACACCACGGAUCCGGUAGCGAUCGAGAAUCAGAAAUGGGUAGCACGUCUUCAACAUACGGAAUUAUUUCAAUUUUCGGGAAACAUUUCCCAUCCUCAUCUUCGCAAUAAACGGUUUAUCGUGCCAGGUACUACAAAAUUAAAUACACAGAAAUCAAUAUAUCAAGCUUGUGUUGCGCCAGGUAAUCGAAAAGGCCAUUGCAAGCAUUUCAGUGGAUGCAUUCUAUCAAAGGAGUUCCUCAAAAGUUCAAACGCUGGGCGAUUUAUGGAUUAUAUGUGCAUAAUUGAGCAAACGUACAUAGGCAUGUGCUGUCCUGAUGAUGUCAUGACAGCUCGGUCGGAAAAUAUGUUCGACGAUGAUUUAGCCAGCAAGUUACCAGCGAUAGCGAGUCUCGACGACGACGAGGAAGAGUGGGAUGAAACUCAAGGAAAUGAGAACGAGAACGGAUUACCUGCCAACAAGACAAUGCACAGAGAUGCGAAUUUGCGAAAAGACGAGAUAUCGGUCAAGCAAGAGACAAGGAAGCCACGAAGACCCAGAGGGUGCGGCAUAACCACGAGAAUGAAAACCAGAGUCACGGGAGACCAACCGGCUGACACUAAAGAGUGGCCAUGGAUGGCGGCUCUUCUCCUUACCAAAGAAGAAGCGACUCAGUAUUGCGGGGGUGUAUUAAUCACUGAUAGACACAUACUUACAGCCGCACACUGCGUUUAUAGGUACGAUCCGCACUACAUUACGGUGAGACUCGGCGAAUAUGAUUUCACUAAGGUCGAGGAGACACGAACGUUGGAUUUUAUGGUGUCGGAGAUACGAAUACACAGGGAUUUCGAAUUGAACACAUACGAGAACGACAUUGCUAUCAUUAAGAUCCAUCGACCCACCGUGUUUAACAGCUAUAUCUGGCCCAUCUGCCUCCCGCCUGUUCAGCAAUCGUUCGAGAAUAAAGACGCCAUCGUUAUAGGUUGGGGCACACAGUACUACGGAGGACCUGCUAGCACAGUGCUGCUAGAAACCACGGUACCGGUAUGGCCUCAAGAAAAAUGCGUUCACAGCUUCACGCAACUGAUUCCGAACACUACUCUGUGCGCCGGCGCUUACGAGGGGGGUCGCGACGCUUGUCAAGGUGACUCAGGUGGUCCGUUGCUGCAUCAACUCGCCAACGGCAGGUGGGUCAACAUCGGGAUAGUGUCCUGGGGGAUUCGCUGUGGUGAUCCCGGAUAUCCGGGAAUAUAUACCCGCGUGAACUCUUACCUCGAUUGGAUAUUUGCGAACUCCGUGUUUUGAGAGUCACGUAGCCGUUCUCACGU